GCCCCUGCCUGUGGCGGCAGCGGUGGCGGCGCCGCGUGGCCGGGCCGGGUGAGUCCUGGGUUCGAGCCUUAGCCCUAACUGCCCCUCGGUGCCGGCUCCAAUCCCGGGCCUCCGGAGGUUCUCCCCCGCACGGGCGGAGCCAGCCAGGUCCUCCUCCUGGGCGCGCUUCCGCUCCUUUAGCCCCCGCGGUCUGGCCCAGACUCUCAGGGACUAGUGGGUGGAGGAGGGAUCCCUCAAGACCUGAACGGCCCCAUCCGGAAGGGAAAAGGCUGUGCGGGGCUGUGGCGGGGAGAACGGCCUCCUGGAAUCGAUAGAAGCUCGAGGCUCUGGAAUGAACUUGCUGGCUUUGGUGCUCAGAGCAGUGGGAACUACGCUGAGGUGAACCUGAAGCACUGUGGUGCCCACUGUCCAGCUGUCUCUCAGAUGUUUCCCUUUUCUUCUGAGGCACAACUUUAACCUUUGGGGAAAAUGGAAGAACUGAGUCAAGCCCUGGCUAGUAGCUUUUCUGUGUCUCAAGAUCUGAAUAGCACAGCUGCCCCACACCCUCGCCUGUCCCAGUACAAGUCCAAGUACAGUUCCCUGGAGCAGAGUGAGCGGCGUCAGCAGUUAUUGGAACGGCAGAAAUUCAAGCGGCUGGAUUAUGUGAAUCAUGCCAGAAGACUGGCUGAAGAUGACUGGACAGGGAUGGAGAGUGAGGAAGAAGAUAAGAAAUAUGAUGAAGAAAUGGACAUUGACACUGGCAAGAAGUUACCAAAACGCUAUGCUAAUCAAUUGAUGCUUUCUGAGUGGUUAAUUGACGUCCCUUCGGAUUUGGGGCAGGAAUGGAUUGUGGUUGUGUGCCCUGUUGGAAAAAGAGCGCUUAUUGUGGCCUCCAGGGGUUCUACCAGUGCCUACACCAAGAGUGGUUACUGUGUCAACAAGUUUUCUUCACUUCUGCCAGGAGGCAACAAGCGAAACUCAACAACUGCAAAAGACUAUACCAUUCUGGACUGCAUUUACAGUGAGGCGAAGCAGACCUACUACAUUCUGGAUGUGAUGUGCUGGCGGGGCCACCCUUUUUAUGACUGCCAGACUGAUUUCCGAUUCUACUGGAUGCAUUCAAAGUUACCAGAAGAAGAAGGACUGGGAGAGAACACCAAGCUCAAUCCUUUUAAAUUUGUAGGGCUAAAGAAUUUUCCUUGUACCCCUGAGAGCCUGUGUAAGGUGCUGUCGAUGGAUUUCCCUUUUGAGGUGGAUGGACUUCUCUUCUACCACAAGCAGACCCACUAUAGCCCUGGAAGCACUCCUCUGGUGGGCUGGCUACGCCCGUACAUGGUGUCAGAUAUUCUUGGUGUGGCUGUGCCAGCUGGGGGCCCACUGACCAUUAAGCCAGAGUAUGCUGGGCACCAACUCCAGCAAAUUAUUGAGCACAAGAGGAACCAGAAGGAGGGCAUGAAAGAGAAACCCACACAUAAGGCCUUUGACAAUGGGCACUAUGAGCUGGAGCAUCUGUCCACCCCUGAGCUGAAGAGUGAUCCCCACAGCUUGGACCAACUUGGGAGUCGCAUGGAAAACUAAAGAGAGCAGCCUCCUUUGGGUGUCACAGGAAGGUGCUUGGUUUCAGAACAAAGGUUGGGGAGGAGGACAGUGACGACAAUAGGUGACUUCAUUUUAGAGUGGACUUUCCAAAGCCACUCCAGCUGGAAACAGCUUAACUCGUGUAAAAGUGUAUCCCAGAUCCACAAUGUAAAUAUCUGUGAUUCUUAAAAAAGAACUUACGAUUCUUUUUUUUUUUUUUAAGGGCCUUUUUAUUAAUAGGUGUACAGAUCUAGCUUUCCCCAGGUACCCAUGUGAAUGUAUCAUUCAGCAAGAUUGCUUUUAUGUUUGAAAAGCCAAGAACUUGUGAUUCUUAAACCUUAGACAAGCUUAGAUAGUCUUGAAACUCUCCCAACUGCCCCCCUCCUCCAUCCCCUCUCCCCUGUGCCCCAGUCUACCUAAACCAUGACUGUUCAAGUCUUGGCCCAUUUCAUUCUGGUUUUAGUACUUAAGCAUUCUGCUGAGUUUCUAGUUGCUACUGUUGCUGACGUCAUUUUCUAAAAGGUCUUACCAGGAACUGCAAUUCUUAGUAUUUGAAUAUCUUCCCUCUUCUGAGAAGACAAAUGUGAUUUUCUUCUGUUUAGACAUUACUAGAGAUAAAAUGCAAGUGGUGUUCAUUCAUUACUUCAACAAACAUUUGAGCACCUUCCAGAAGAUAAGCCUUUUGCUAGGCCUCUGUGAUGUAGGUUAUGGAAGGGAUGUACUCACUGCCCUUCAGAGCCUCAGCUCCACCCUUAUACAUAAAUCAGAAUGCCAGAGCUUAGGUUAUGGAAACAGAAAGGCCCUUAGAGCCUCGGGGGCUGGAAGAGUAGGGGGAUGUUUCACUGAGGCAGUCAGAGCUGGGCUGAGGCUCAGAGGAGGGACAGAAAUGUGCUCUGCAGACAAGGAGGUUAGGCAUUCCUCACAGAGGCAGGAGGGUGCACAGUUGCACCCCUACAGGGCAGGACUUGCUGUGGGACCUGAAGUCUGUUCAGCACGGCUGAAGCAUAAGGUAGGAUUAGAAGGCUGUAGAGGAGGAAGAGAGAGAGAUGGGCCUGAUUGUGUUAUGCAGAGAUUUUGGAUUUUAUGUCAUGAAUGUAAAGGAGCCAAUAAAGAGCUUUGAGCAGGCAA